ACCGUUUCUAUUGGACAGUAAAUCGGGUAGGUCCCCUCCCGUUUCGUUGGCCUCCGUUUAUGGAACGUGUUGCAACAGAAUUGGCAUAAUGAAUGAGCCCCUGGAAAUCUUCUACUGUACAGAUGAAAACAGUUUGGCCAGCUGUGGCUUUCUGAUAACGUGUCUACAGUCGGGAACGAUAACAACAAGAAACAUACAUUCACUGGACUCUAAAAGCUGCGUCUGGAUCAGUGUGUUCAGGUGUGUGUGUUUUGUCAGGUGAUCGUAAUGGCGGAGGGAGGCUUUGACCCCUGUGAGUGCAUCUGCACCCAGGAGCACGCCAUGAGACGACUCAUCAACCUGCUACGUCAGUCUCAGUCCUACUGUACAGACACAGAGUGUCCUCAGGACUUACCAGGACCCAGUGGCUCAGUAGGAGGUGGAGACCUGACUGUCCCCGUGGUUCUGAUGGGCUGGAUGGUUCUGGUUCUGCUCCUCUUCCUCCUCAGACCCAACAGCCUCAGAGGAUCCCCAGCGCCGCCUGCCGGCAAACCUACUGGACCUCACAGUAGUCGUGACCAGGAUCCCCCAGCUCCACCAGUGGACUAGCAGCAGAACCAGACGGAACAGAACCGGAGAGAACCAGACGUUCUACUGGACAACCCAACAUCUCCUCUAGACGUUCUACUGGACAACCCAACAUCUCCUCUAGACGUUCUACUGGAC